AACACAGACGAAGGGAUUGAGAUGAUUAAAGAUAGGCUGUGUGGUAAAAGGUUUCUCCUUCUCCUUGAUGAUGUUGACAGAAAGAAUCAAUUGAAUGCACUUAUGGGCAAGCGUGAUUGGUUUGGUGAAGGAAGUAAGGUUAUCAUCACUAGUAGAAACAAACAGGUUCUCAACCUUCCUGAAGUGGAUUGGACUUAUGAACUUAACUACAUGGAUUUCGAUAAAUCUCUUCGACUUUUCAGCAAACAUACCUUCAGAAGAGAUCGUCCCUUGGGUGAUUAUCUCACCCACUCCAGAAAGGCGGUAAGCAUUGCUGGAGGUCUUCCUCUAGCUCUCGAGGUUAUAGGCUCGCUUUUAUCGUGCAACAGUAAAGAAAAGUGGGAUGACAUUCUGAAAAAGUUGGAAAUAAUUCCUCAUGAGGAAGUGAGCAGUAAGCUGAAGAUAAGUUAUGAGGCAUUAGAUGAUCAGCAAAAGCACAUGUUUCUCGAUAUAGCUUGUUUUUUCAAUGGAUGUGACAAAGAAGUUGCAAUCCACAUGUGGGAUGAGAAUGAAUUUUUUCCAGAAGAAGCUUUGGAAGUUCUGAAGCAUAUGUCCUUGAUAAAGAUCAUAGAAAAAAAUACGUUGUGGAUGCAUGAUCUACUAUGGGACCUGGGGCGAGAAAUCAUCCGCCAAGAUAGUAAUAUGGUAACAGAGAAGCAGACUAGGGUGUGGGAUGCUGAUGAAGCGUUAGAUUUGCUGAUGACAAAACAGGAAAAGGAAAAAGUUGAAGCUCUCUGUCUCCAGUUUAGCCAUGCGACAGAACCCCAUCUUGCAGAUGAGGACUUCAUGAGACUUCCAAAUCUAAGGUUCCUUGCAGUUGAUGGUAGGAAUGAGGAGAAUGGUCAGAGAAAAGACCUUGAAUCCGUGUUUGGAUUAGUGAUGAGGAAUUCACGGCAGAAUUUUCAUCUUCCGAUCAACUUUUUCCGGAAGAAGUCGCAUCUAUUUCCUAAGUUGCGAUGGCUUUUUUGGUAUUCUUAUCCUAUGAAUUUUGACAUAGCCAAAUUAUCCAUGCGGAAUCUAGUCAUUCUGGAUCUAGCACGGAGCGCCAUUACCCAUCGUUGGGACAGUUGGAGCCAUAUAAAGGUGUGACAUAUGCUAGGAACGUUUAUUUGUCAAAUCCAGAACUUGAUGGUUUCAUGGUUUUUUUUUUCCUUUUUGUUGUUGCAGAUGGCGAAGACCUUAAAAGUUCUGAAUCUAUUGGGUUGCCGGAAAUUGGUUAAAACUCCCGACUUCGCAGGACUUGCAAAUUUAGAACGACUGAUCAUGUUGGACUGUGUAAGCUUGGUCAAAGUUCAUGAAUCCAUUGGUCAGUUACAGCGCUUGGUUUUCUUAGAUGUCCGCCACUGCUGGAACCCUGAUGACUUGCCAAAUGAGAUUCAAGAGCGAAAAUCUUUGAAAGUGCUCCGUAGUUAUGGCAGAAGAGUAAGGC